UGUAAAAAAAGAAGAGAGAUGAAAGCAAUGGAGUUAGCUGGGAGGCGAGAAACAGGGAAAGAAGCAGAACGAAUUGAAGAAGAAAUGGAAAAAGAAGCAGGAGGUGUGGUGGGAGUAGCAGUAUACCGAGAUGGCUAUGAAGAUUUGAGAAAAAAAGAAGAAAAAUGUAACGAAAAUAGAAAUGAAAUUGAAUUUGAAGAUGGCGCGGGUGAUGAUGUAUGCCCCAUUUGUUUGGAUACCUUAACUAACCCAUGCAGAUCAAAUUGCGGUCACUUGUUUUGUGGGGGUUGCAUCCUACAAUUGUGGAUGUAUAGAUACUCAAUUCAACCCUGCAAAUGCCCGUUGUGUUGUUGCCGAAUCGUAAAUCUGGAGCUCCAAACAUCUGAAGAAGCCGGUUAUAGCAGUGAUGUUCGAAAGGAAGUGCAGCACUACAAUGGCGUCUACAUCUCUGGCCUCUUUGGUGCCCUCCAUAUAUUACCCUUACUUAUGGGGAGGGUGUUUAGAGUUCUAGUGGAUGUUGAUUAUUUGAGAUGCAUCAUGUGCGUCGUUGGGUUGUUUCUGGGGUUACUCUAUGAACGCCUAGAGUUUGAGUUUAUACCACCUGGAGGGUUGGGAAUUCAAAGAAUGUUCGACCUGAUUGCUAGCUUGCUUGUUGCUGCUCUUUUUCUCUUAGGUGUGGUGUAUAGAUGGAUGCUUAAACGUCGUGCAAGGCUCUUGGUUGUCGUAGAUACUUCACUCAGGAAUGUCACUUGAUUUUGUGCUAUUUGAUUGUAUAGUUAUUGUGGCCAUGCCCCUUGCAUAACAUGUACAACAACAUUGUUAUGUGUUGCAAUGAUAUUUUUGUACCAUUUGUAGCACAUAUAGGUACUUCCAAGUUACUAACUGAAUGUAAAAAAGUGUGAAUUUCAUGUAUA